AAAAGUUUUGCGCAAAUCUUCAAUUUUGUAAAAAUAUAUAUGAAGAAAUAAUAAAUUUUAAUAGAUAACAAAUUAAUACGAAUAUAGCAUUUCCAUUUAAAAGACACUUAAUAGUGAUAUCUGGAUUUGUGACUGGAACUUAUAAAGCAAAACAAUGAGUACGUCGAAACAACUUCUGGAUGAAAUUGGUGAACGAAUAAGUAAAGACAAAAAUAAGAAAAUAGGCUUUUCGUUGCUUUACCAGACUACUGACAAAGCAGAUGUAGAGGAGUUUCAUAUGAAAUGCGACGCUAAAGGCCCAACUGUCACUAUCUUAUAUGGCAAAUUUAAUACACUAUUUGGCGGCUAUACAUCUAAAAGCUGGAGAUCAACUGACAAGCAAAAAGUCAAAGAUGAAAACGCAUUCCUUUUUAAAAAGGACGACAGCUUAGAUGCUAAAUGUGUCUUCUUGCCAAUUAGAAAGGACCAGACAGAGAAAGCAAUAGUAUGUGAUAAACAUUUUGGACCUACAUUUGGUUUAGGAAUGUUAAGUCGAUAUGAUUUGCAGACAUUCAGAAAAGAUUCAAAGCCAGAAUCGAAGAAAAAAGGGGAUUUUCUGAAAUUAAAUGGCUCCCUAAACGUAAAGUUCUCCUAUUCUGUGGUAAAGCAAAAAACUGACGAUGAAGUUUGUGACGGCGUGACAGAACUAAAAGCGAGUGAUAUCAAUUCCGGACGUAUGGUAGUUAGAAAACUUGAGGUCUACCAGGUCACAGAUGAUGAGUUCGAAAAAGACUGGCUGGAAAGAAUAGAGGGCGACGCUUUUAGAAAAAAGAAAAGAGAACUCAUGCAAAUGAAACCACUACCUGGUUUAGAUAUCGAUCAAUACAAUGUCUUGCUUUUGGGUGCCGUUGGAGCAGGCAAAUCUUCAUUCAUUAACACAUUAUCAGCAUUGGUAACACGGAAGAUUGAACCAAUUGCCCCGUCAAGACAAUCUGCAUCAAGCGUCACCAAUAUGGUUUUUAUAACUUUAAAUGUCUUAUAUCUCCGUAUCGUGUAACAGUAAAUGACAAGUUGAU